AUGGGCUCCCGUACCGACUCCUCAUGCUGCUGCCAGGCCCGUAAUCUGUCAUGGGCCCCUGUACCGCCUCCUCAUGCUGCUGCCAGGCCCGUAAUCUGCCAUGGGCCCCCGUACCGACUCCUCAUGCUGCUGCCAGGCCGGUAAUCUGUCAUGGCCCCUGUACCGCCUCCUCAUGCUGCUGCCAGGUCCAGAGUGUGUCAUGGGUCCCUGUACGGCCUCCCAUUGCUGCUGUCUCCAUCGCCACAACUCUGCCAUGUGCCACUUUCAGGUCUCCUCACACUGCUGGUGGGUUCCAUUUUGUCAUAGGGUGCUGGCAGAUUACGGGCCUCCCAUUGCUGCUGCCAGGCCCGUAAUCUGCCAUGGGCCCCCGUACCGACUCCUCAUGCUGCUGCCA